CUGUGUGAGGAGAAAGGUGAAAGCGAUAAAUUGUGGAUUUAGCGGGAAACCCGAGGGUGGUACAACGAAAAUAAGGAGAGGAUUAUGGGGAUUGUAUCGUCUACAUUCCUUUCACUCUCCAUCCAAUUCGCCUGGAACUUCCAGCGAUUUCUGGAUCCGCGAUACAGCAGAAAUAUCGAACCGAAAACUGUUCCUGAGCCCCCCUCGCCACACAAAGUGCAGCCAGAGGGUCCCACGAUUGAGGACGUGAGUGAGCCAGUAGUGGGGGCUGAGGAGUGCACUUCUACCCAUCAAGAGAAUAGGAACAGAAGGGCUGCACAGCGGAGAUACAGGAGGAAACGACCCUCCAGCUUCGAUGCUUCCCUCAUCGUGACAAACGUCAGUAAAACUGGUAUCACUGCAACGAGAGUUGUGUCUUCAACACCGAGUACUUUAACGAGACAACAAGCACCUGCUUGGGAUGACUCAUCAGCCUCCACCACUUCAUCGAGUGAAGAUUCAGAUUUAGACGUCAGACCUGAUAAAAUCGGAUCAAUUGAUACUCGCAAUGCCCAGGCGUCAAGAGCUAAAGAGGGAUCGGAGGAAUAUGCAAUGUCUGCAGCUGAGGAAGCAGCAUUCAGAAUGACAGUUGGACGUGGGCACUUCAGCAGAUCGAAGAAAGAUAAAUUUCUCAAUCACCUGAGGCUUGAAAAACGCCUCAACGGUUUGAACCGUGAAUUCUUCGAGCUGGCAUGUCGAGCGCACUCACGCACACAAGUCGACAUAACUCCGACGAUCUGAGGGGAUUGUAUGAUCGCUCAAGUACUUGUCAUGCAAUUGAAGAAACACCAGAGUCAAUGCACAAGAAAGAAGGAUCGACAGAGAUACGCGGUUCUAUAUCAAGAAUUAUGAUAUUAAAACGUCGCACUCAAGACUGAGAAUUUUCAAUCUCGAGUUUCUGUAAAUCGUUUUAGCUUUAAAUUAAUACUAGUCUAAUGUCGAUAGAGAAUGGGGAAUGAGAAACUGGCGAUAAUUGAUGACUGUGCUGGGUAUUUUUGAUAAUUAUUUUCUCACUGUUCGUUCAUUGAUGUCGAUUUAAACUCGGAUACACUAGUGUUGCCUUGAGAAGGAGGAAAUUCUCAGAUAAUUUUCUGACGAUUGUAAAUAUGAGGGAGUUGUGUUAUGUUCGGAUUAAUGAGAGUAUUACUGUUAAUGAUUUCUCUCCAUUUGUGAUAAGUUUAGCUUGGUGAUCGUGCUGAGAAAAUUGAGAGUAAAAAUGAAAAUAGUUGAGAUUGAAAUUGAGGAGAGAUUUUAAUAUCGAGAAAUGUUGAUGGAGAAUUUAUUUUAUAAAUGUGGGGAAAAAUUGCAUUGAAAGAUCGAACGAAUUCGCUAGAAAAUUGUAUUGGAUUUUUCUAUUGAAAAAAUCCGUUUGUGCAAUGGUCAAUGGGAAAUAUUCUGUAAAAAUUUUUGGGCUUAAAAUUUCAAGUUUUUUGUUUGAUUUUCUUCUUUGAAAGGAGAAGAAAAA